AGCUCACGAAGAGGAGGUGGCGGUCCAUCAGGGCCCCGUCGCCGGGCGCCCGCUUCCCGCCUCCGCCUCUCCCUCGGCGCCGCUUCCGCUUCCCGAGGAGGAGCCACAGGCCUCGGCCGCCGCACGCCGCCCUCCUUCCGCUGGCGGCCGGCAAGAGAGGCCCUUUGGACGGCGAGGCCUCAGCCUCCGGGAGCCGCCAUGGCCAGCUUCACCAAGGCCGCGCAGGUACCAAGAGGGAGCCCCGGCCUUCCCCUCGGGCUGCUGGAUCCCGGGGCCGGGCUGGCUGCGCGCCUUAAUCCGGAGUGAAUCCGCAUUCUUUAAGGGGGGGAGGGGGUUGCCCUUAAUGUAUUGCAAAAGGUCUGGAGGGACUCGGCGCGCUGCAAAUGUGUCUUCCGUUUUAAAUCGGGCAGCUGGGGCGUAAAGGGAUCUGUAACCGUUGCUGAAAUGUGUUGAUGUUGUAGUUAAGAAUAAAGUCACAUGGUUAUUAUUAUUGCUAUUCACUGAAUUGUUAUAUUGUACCACCCUUCCUCCUGAGAUUACAGCGUUAAUAAUGAUGAUGAGGAUGCUUAGAGCAGAAUAGGCGAUGCAAAAUAUAUCCCAUAUUGGAACGCAAGGUUUUUAUUUGGUACCAGAUAUGUCAGAUAAUCCAUGAACGUUACCAAAUAAACUCAUAUAUAUUUAGUGGGAACGUGUGAUUGCUCGGUUGUAUAAAUCGCAAGUCCAAGCUCUAUAGGUAAAACCAUGUUCUGCCUCCAGCAUUGAGGUCGGGGUGUCAUAUAACAGUGUCUCCCCAUUUCCUUCUGGGUGUAAAAAUGCAAUGCUUAUUGGUUUCCUUCUCUUUACGUAAAAGUAGGCUUUCAGGGGCACCUCCUUGCGUAGACUCCGCAGAAAAGUGACCAGGAAAGGACAAGGGACUUGUUCCUUCUCUUGCCAAGAUGGUUAUGUGCUGCCCUCCACUGUCGGAGGCAGUAUGCUGGGGAGUCACAAGUUGGGUCCUGCUUGCGGACUUCCUGUAGGCUGGGCGUUGUGACCCUCCAGAUUUUUUUGCUGGACUACAACUACCAUGACCAUUGACUAUGCUGGCUGGGAUGUUGAAUUAUGCGGGAUCCGCAAAAAUCUGGAGAGCCACAGCUUUAAAGGGAAAUUACCUCUGAGUCUUGUUAUGCACAUUUGCAUGUGGCAACUGGUGUGUGACACACACACACACACACCCCCGCUUAACCCAUUAAUUGAGGGUUAUGUUAGGAACUCUAAUUAUGGCAUAUACCACAUGCAUUAAUGUGCUACAGAACUUCAUUUUUAUUAUAAUGUUGUUCCUUACAUUUUGAAUUUGUUCUGAAUGUCAACUUCUGAAUGACUUUUUAAAAUAUGGCUUCAGCCUGAUGCAUGCUUACUUUGAACUGAUUCCCACUGACUAUAAGCGGACUUACUCCCAAGUAGGUGUGUGCGGUCUAUGCAGAGUUAGGUACACUUAAGCCAAUUAUUUUCAGUUAUGUUGGUGCACCUAUACUGCAUAGGAUUGAGGUAAAAAAAAAACAAACCUGGAGAAAUUAUGGCAUGGAUGCCACUGUUGGCUUCCAACUACAGUGUUGGAAUCUCUCAUUGUUGACCAUCUUCUGUGUCCCAGGGCAGCAAAAAUGUCUCUUUAGGCACGUUGGUGUUACAUUUUAUUUUAAUGCAACCGGUCCUAAUUGACAAACCACAGUUCUUAAUGUCAUAUGGAUCAAGGAAUGUGUGCUGUGGAUGGCUCACUGAGAUGAGCACAUAUAUUUUUGUUUACUAGGAAUAAUAAUAUUUCUAUAUGUUAACCACGACCCAUUAUUCCUUUAAAGCAAUGGGCCACAUUUGCUCGAGCCUGGUAUCUUAUAGAUGCGAAGAUGCAACCGCCAGGAAAAAUUGCAGCCAUCACUGCCAUCAGACUUCAGGGGAAGCAUAAGCCUGUGUACCAUGCACUAAGUGAGUUCUGCUUGGGAGUCAAAUGUUUGCUAUAUCAGCACUGAUUUGUUUUUAUUGUUUAAAGCAGGGGGUCAACAAUCUUUUUGGGCCAAUGAACACAUUUUCAGGCUGGAGGAAUUGUGGGCACCACAAACACUGUCACCUGUUCUGUUGGAUACAAUAGAAUUCUUUCAAGCCUAAUUUCAGAGGGAGGGCAAAGAGUGGACUCUGAGGGCAUCAGAGGGGGUCUAGUGAUCCAGUGGGCACCACAUUGACAAACCCCAGUUUAAAGCUGGCAUGGAAUGAAUUGAGUUUUGCAUUACCCUUUUGUUGUUGUUGAACUGGAGUCCUCUCAGUUAGCAGUCUACAUGUAAAUUUUCAAAAUAAGUACAUUGCAUGACAUCUCCUUACUAUUAAAGGUAAAGGGACCCCUGACCAUUAGGUCCAGUCGUGGCCGACUCUGGGGUUGCAGCACUCAUCUCGCUUUAUUGGCCGAGGGAGCCGGCGUACAGCUUCCAGGUCAUGUGGGCCAGCAUGACUAAGCCGCUUCUGGCAAACCAGAGCAGCGCACGGAAACGCCGUUUACCUUCCCACUGGAGCGGUACCUAUUUAUCUACUUGCACUUUGACAUGCUUUUGAACUGCUAGGUGGGCAGGAGCAGGGACUGAGCAACGGGAGCUCACCCCAUCAUGGGGAUUCAAACCGCCGACCUUCUGAUCGGCAAGCCCUAGGCUCUGUGGUUUAACCCACAGCACCACCCGCGUCCCCUCCUUACUAUUAAGGCAUAAUUAAUCUGUGUUGAAUGAUCCCGGGUAUGCCUUCUUUCUUAAAUACUUUCCUGAAUCUUAUGAAGGCCCAUCUAAUUCAGCAUGCUUUGCAAGAAUCCCAGCCAUUUAUCUGUGAAAUACACUCAUUUUGAUAUAGGAUAACCAGUUGCUUCUGAUCAGAAUAUAUUUUGCAUGUAGUAGAUUUAAGAAUAGAUGCAGAGCAAAUGCAGAAUUACUCUCAUGUUCUCUUCUUUAAAAAAAGUUGACAUGCUGCUGCUGCUGCUACUGAAACCUAAACCAAAUGCACGCUUCACAAAUUGAGUAGCUUGCUGACUGCACAUUGCACACCCCUCUGUAGCUAAUGAGGGCAUGAUUUAUAAGGAGCUUUGCCAGUACAGUGGUACCUCCGUUUACAGUGGUACCCCGCAAGACGAACGCCUCGCAAGACGGAAAACCCGCUAGACGAAAGGGUUUUCCGUUUUGGAGGCGCUUCGCAAACGCAAUUUCCUAUGGGCUUGCUUCGCAAGACGACAGCCCAUAGGGAAAUCUCAGGGACAGCGGGGAAGCGCAGCGCGUCUUCCCCACUGUCCUCGGACCUCCUCCGAAGCCUGGCGGCGGGGCGGGGACACCUCCUCCCGCCGCCGCCGGGCUUCGGAAGGCUCCUCCGAAGCCGGGCGGGGCGAGGGAACACCUGCCGCCGCCGCCCGGCUCGGAACGGUGCUCCGGGCCGGGCGGGGGAGGGAACACCUGCCGCCGCCGCCCGGCUCGGAACGGUGCUCCGAGCCGGGCGGGGAGGGAACACCUCCGCCGCCGCCCGGCUUCGGAACGGUGCUCCGAAGCCGGGCGGGGGGGAGGGAAGACCUCCCGCCGCCGCCCGGCUUCGGAACGGUGCUCCGAAGCCGGGCGGGGGGGAGGGAAGACCUUCUGAAGGCGGGCGGGGGGCGAAAGUCUUUGCUCCCCCCUGCCUGCCUGUCCCGGAGGGCUUUUGAAGGCGGGGAGCAAGACUCGCCCCCGCCCGCCUUCAGAAGAGGUCCAGGACCUCUUCUGAAGGCUGGCGGGGGCAAAGUCUUUGUCCCCCUGCCUGCCUUCCCAGGGGCUUUAAAUUGCCCCGGACAGCGGAGAAGUCCUCCGCUGUCCCGGGUGAUUUUAAAUGCCGCCCGCCAGCAUUUUAAGAUCGCCGGACAGCGGAGAAGUCCUCCGCUGUCCCGGGGUUUUAAAAUGCUGGGGGUGGGAAGAAAAGCCCUUGCCCCCCCCCAGCCUUCAGAAGAGGUCCGGGGACAGACUGUCCCCGGACCUGGUCUGAAGGCGGUUUCCCUAGGAACGCAUUAAUUGAUUUUCAAUGCAUUCCUAUGGGAAACCGUGCAUCGCAAGACGAAAAACUCGCAAGACGAAGAGACUUGCGGAACGAAUUAAUUUCGUCUUGCGAGGCACCACUGUACGAACUUAAUUUGUUUUGGAGGUCCAUUCUUAAGCCGAAAGCAUUCUUAAACCAAGGCGCGCUUUCCCUAAUGAGGCCUCCCGCCGCUGGUGCUUUUCCAUCGUUCGGCUUCCGGGGCAAAGUUUGCUAGCCAGAACACCUAUUUCCAGUUUUGUGGAGUGAAUGCGUUGCCCGAAUUCUUAGAUCGAGGUACCACUGUAAUGGAUGCCAUGAAAACUAAUGCUUUUGAUGCGUGUUACCUCAACAUUGCACAGGAUCAUAAAUAGUUCCUUGAUAUGGGUUCAGUUCGCACAUAAUGCUAAGCCAAAUCAUGCUUAGCAUGAGCACACAAGUUUGCAGGCUCCUGAAGAGGAGGUAAUCACUAUUGUGCUCCUCCUCAGGUCCUGUUGCUGCUGCUGCACUGCUGUGAACUAAGCUAUGGCUUGACUUAGUGUCUUGCCCUUGUUUACAGUUUAUGGUUUGUCCGGAGGAAAUUGUGCUAUACACCUGGAGUAGUUUGGUGGCUGAUGAUCCUGUUAACUGAAAACCUUUUUCUUUUCUUUUUUAGGUGACCUUGGAGAUCAUGUUGUCAUAAUAAACACAAGGCACAUUGCUUUUUCCGGCAACAAAUGGGAGCAGAAGGUGUAUUCAUCACAUACUGGGUAAGCUUUCAACAUCUUAAGGAUUAAAAACAUGGAACAAAUCAGUACUGUUGGUAAAAUACGGAUAUACUGUAAAUGGCUUUGAAUGUUGUUACUGAUAGAAAGUCGGAAAAGAGAAGCUUUGUAUUUUUAGCAUAAGGUAUGCUAAUAUUUAUUGGAAAUGCUUGUGCAACUCCCAUAGUAAAGGGAGGGUUUUUUUUAGCAAAUAGCCCAGUGACAGGGUGGUCUAUAUUUUUGCUCACUACAGCAAAUGUGCUGCCAUCCUUUAGCAACCAUUCUAAGUCUGAACCUUCCUUCUAACCUUGGAGUUGCAGAAGGGGAUGGAGACAAUUGCCUCUCCAGCUCCAAAGCGCAGAAGCAGGCAAGGGGAUGUUUGGCCUCUCCAGCAUGCCCCGCCUUCCUUUCCAGCUCCAAACGUGGAGCUCUCAUAACAUAACAUACAAAUUAUUAAUAUUAUUCUUAUCUGCCCUUCACCAGCAAGUCCCAGGACAGCAUACAGUCAUUUAAAAUUCAAUAUGGAAAACAAAAUUUAAAAAUUCCUUCCAGUAGCACCUUAGAGACCAACUAAGUUUGUUAUUGGUAUGAGCUUUCGUGUGCACUGAAGAAGUGUGCAUGCGCACCAAAGCUCAUACCAAUAACAAACGUAGUUGGUCUCUAAGGUGCUACUGGAAGGAUUUUUUUUUAUUUUCUUUUGACUACGGCAGACCAACACGGCUACCUACCUGUAACUAGAAAUAUGGAAAACAGUUAACACAAAUCAGUCACGUGAACAUGGCUGGUUCUGAAAAUAUCAAUGAAACGACGAGAUGAUAUGAAUCAACAUCAGUAAAAUACUUAUAAAACCAUAAACAAUGCAAUUCACUAGCGAGCGAGCUUACACUGAGCAUAUGCAUGUUUUUAUUUGCAAGAUGGCAAUCUUUGCUAUCGUUCUCUUAUUUAGAUACGCUUCUGAAUUUCCUUGUCAUUUUGUAUUAUAGAUACCCUGGUGGCUUCAAACAGGUGACGGCAGCUCAGCUUCAUCUAAGGGACCCAACCGCAGUAAGUGAGCACGUUCUCUCGUCCUGCCUCUCUAAAUGACUUCCCUUUGCAAUGUUCUGCCUUCAUUUCAAGUGGACCAUAUUGCAGGCAGAGUGCCACAGUGGCAUGUGCUCUCAUCUCGGGGCUAAAGGUAAAGGUGAAGGGACCCCUCACCAUUAGGUCCAGUCGUGGCCGACUCUGGUGUUGCGGCACUCAUCUCGCUUUAUUGGCCAAGGGAGCCGGCGUACAGCUUCCGGGUCAUGUGGCCAGCAUGACUAAGCUGCUUCUGGUGAACCAGAUCAGCACACAGAAACACCGUUUACCUUCCCACCGGAGCGGUACCUAUUUAUCUACUUUGAGGUGCUUUUGAACUGCUAGGUUGGCAGGAGCAGUGACCGAGCAAUGGGAGCUCACCCCGUCACGGGGAUUUGAACCGUCGACCAUACUGAUCGGCAAGUCCUAGGCUCUGUGGUUUAACCCACAGCGCCUCAUUUGCCUCCCACAUGAAGCAGUGGCCAGGUCCUAGCAUUGAGAGCCUUCCCAUGCAAUCAUUAAGAGACUGUCACAUCUUUGCAGUUGAAGGGGCUUGCUGCAUGAGAUUAGAAUGAUAAAACGGUGGUGUCUCUCCUGGACAUAACAGUUGGUGGGUAACCAUGCACACCAUGAUCAGCUCUCUUUUUUUGCAGGGGUGGGGAGUGACAUUAUGAGGCUAGAUUAUAUGGGACUAAGAGGGUGGUUAAUUACAUUGCAGGCACUAUACAGCAAGUGCCCACAGUGCAAUGCAAUUCAAAAUGCCAUGUGUCCUGGUCCUCAUUUUACAGCUCUCAGUCUCUACACCAAACUUCUUAUCAUCAACAUUUCAUCAUUUUUAAUUGUAUACCGCCUUUCUAUCAUACAAUACUCAAGGCGGUUUACAAGCUGAAGAAACAAAAAAUGUACGUCUUAUAACAAUCUAAUGCAAUACAAAAAUGUGAUAAUAAAACAUAACUUUAAAAUAGGCAGUCUGCAUCAAAAAAGUAACAUUCAACAAUCAUAUAGAAUAGUAUAAAACAAUAAUAUCAACAUAUAAAAGUUAAAUAGAAAUCCACUCAACAGUUACAAUAAUAUCUAAACUAUAAUCAAUAAAACAACAGCAAGCCACAGUACAUAAAACAAUACAAUACACAUUGAGAAGCAGAGGGUAGAGCAAGGCAGGUGGAAGGAGGCCUUGCCUGAUGGAGUCUCUCCCCUCACCUUAACUUUCUGUUCUCUCCCAUGUGGCCGCUCUCGACGUUUCUGUACCGCCAAAAUUCAUUUCCAAGCUUUCUGCCAUGCUGUUCCCUGUGGCUGAAUAGCUUCUCUAUCUCUUGUCAAACUGCCUUCCCUCCUCUUGUUAUUCAGAUUCUGUGGCGAUAGCCAAAUUAUUUUGAAGAGAAAUUUCAUAGUCAUCUUAAUAAAUAAUAAAAAACCUUAAAUCCGGCUUUUUAAAUCCUUGAUAUUUAUCACACUUGUUAGGGGCCAUGUUUUGUCCAUGUUCUUUGGGGUACUUGGUGUAUUGAGUCUGAGUGAUUUGUGUAGGGUUUACUCCUGAGCCUUCCCCCCCCCCUCCCAUGGAUAUUCCGCAUGGUAGUGGAGGUUUAGAAUCAGAGUUUUCUUCUCCCAGAUGAGCUAACUGGUAGUUGUCGUACUUUUCCGUCUGUAAGACGCCCCCAUGGAUAAGAUGCCCCCUAUUUUUGGGGACUCAAAAUUCAGAAAAUGGGGGGACAUUACACAGGGUUGUUGAGCUUUUUUGGGGGGUGUUGCUGUAAAUCGCUCACCCGCACGCGUCACAAAAUCCGCCUCCCGUCUGUCCCCUCGCCGGCAGAAGCUGCCGAUCACCCGCCCAAUUGCUGCAGCGUCAGCCAGUCAGCACCACCCAUCGAUACAGCAACCAAUCACAUGCACAAUAGCCACUAACAGAUGCAGCAGCAACCAAUCAAACGUCCACCCUAUUCACUACCCAUGUAUAAAAAGGUAAAGGUAAAGGGACCCCGACCAUUAGGUCGAGUUGUGGCCGACUCUGGGGUUGCAAUGCUCAUCUUGCUUUAUUGGCCGAGGGAGCCGGCGUACAGCUUCCGGGUCAUGUGGCCAGCAUGACUAAGCUGCUUCUGGUGAACCAGAGCAGCGCACGGAAACGCCAUAUACCUUCCCGCCAGAGCAGUACCUAUUUAUCUACUUGCACUUGAUGUGCUUUGGAACUGCUAGGUUGGCAGGAGCAGGGACCGAGCAACAGGAGCUCACCCCGUUAUGGGGAUUCGAACCGCUGACCUUCCGAUCAGCAAGUCCUAGGCUCUAUGGUUUAACCCACAGCGCCACCCGCGUCCCAUGUAGAAGACGACCCCAAUUUUUUAGCAUGAUUUUUCAAGAAAAAAAUAUAGUCUUAUAUAUGGAAAGGUAUGGUAAGUCAUGUUGCAGCAGCAGCAGUAGUAGUAAUAAUGAUGCAGUUUAAAAUAAAAGUUUUCAGAAACUGACUUGGUGCUUACAGAUGAAUGAUAGAUUCUUUGACUGAAUCAGCCUUUCGUGACAAAUGGGUUUUCAGUUUUAUUUUUUGUGUCAGUUGCACGUGUUGGCCAGUGAACACUUGAGGGCAGCAUAACUUAACAUGCCUCAAUGUUAGACACGGAAAAACUGUGCUGCUGCCAUUUGCUCUGGAUUAUGCGCUGGCAGUGCAGUUGUUAAAACCCACCUUAGAUCAUGUCAGGACCCAAGCGAUGUAAUAGACCAGGGAUGUCCAACUUCCAAGAAAAUGCGAUCUGCUCCCAGAUAAAAAAACUAGCAGUGAUCUACCCAUGGGGGGACGGACCUAAGAUGUUGACCUUUUUUUUUAAGGGGAGCAAGCCAAAGUCGUUGACCUUUUUUUAGGAGAAACAGCAAAUACUUCUGCCUAUUUUUUUGGGGGGGGGGAGCACCAUCUUCCGUUCUUGAAAUCGCGCGCAAAUACAGGAAAGAGUAUUCUUUUCCCGCAGAGGAAAAUGAGCCUGCGAUCGACCAAUAUCAACCAGAGGUUGACCUGUCAAAUCGCGGUUGACCGGUUAGACAUCCCUGUGAUAGACUAUCCCAGUUAAUAACUUUUCAGCAGACUUGCCUAGACUAACAGAGGAACAAGUGGAGAAAAACCUUGUUCCAAAAAAAUCAUUAAAAGGUCUGCUUUUAAUAUCAAAUGGGCUCUGGUUUUGUCUUCCUAAGGGAGCUGGGCAUGUUUAGCCUGGAGAAGAGGAGGUUAAGGGGUGAUAUGAUAGCCAUGUUCAAAUAUAUAAAAGGAUGUCACAUAGAGGAGGGAGAAAGGUUGUUUUCUGCUGCUCCAGAGAAGCGGACACGGAGCAAUGGAUCCAAACUACAAGAAAGAAGAUUCCACCUAAACAUUAGGAAGAACUUCCUGACAGUAAGAGCUGUUUGACGGUGGAAUUUGCUGCCAAGGAGUGUGGUGGAGUCUCCUUCUUUGGAGGUCUUUAAGCAGAGGCUUGACAACCAUAUGUCAGGAGUGCUCUGAUGGUGUUUCCUGCUCGGCAGGGGGUUGGACUCGAUGGCCCUUGUGGUCUCUUCCAACUCUAUGAUUCUAUGAUUCUAUGAUUCCUCUAUCCCAAUAUUCAGAGCUGAGUACAGUGGUACCUCAGGUUAAUCUGUUCUAGAGGUCCGUUAUUAACCUGAAACUGUACUUAACCUGAAACACCACUUUAGCUAAUGGGGCCUCCCGCUGCCGCCGCGCCACCAGAGCACAAUUUCUGUUCUCAUCCUGAAGCAAAGUUCUUAACCUAAGGUAAUAUUUCUGGGUUAGCGGAGUCUGUAAUCUGAAGCGUCUGUAACCCGAGGUACCACUGUACAUUGAUUAGCAGAGCGUUUUGGAGAAAGAGAGCUCAGAGCAAAUAGAAAGGAAGAGCGAGAUCAGCUGGGGGACUAGUAAAAGAAAAUGAAGCAGGGAGAUGGAUGUGAAAGGGGCUUUGGAGAAAAGGACAUUGGGUGGUGGGGCACACUGCAUACUGCAGUUGCCUAAAAGUGCAGAAUGUAGCAUCAGUUUUGAAAGUAAAAUUUGGAAUAAAUUGUGUAAGGAUCAGAGCUGUAAUCAGCUGUGUUGUUUAAGAAGUUUGUCUUGUCUCGGAAAGAGCUCCAUUCAUUUGGGAAUGAAUGUGCACUUAUUUCAGUUGUUCUCCCAUAAAAAUUGCUUAUCUUCAUGUAUUUGGAAGAAGGUAUUGUGGGGGAAAGAUGCAAACUUCUAUUCCACCAUGCAAUAAUUGCAAUUCCCUUCUUGAAAAAAACACAGCUGCACAACUCUACUUAAGAAUUCAAAUUGUUUUGUAGAAGAAAUCCAGAAAUAAGGCAGUUGGAACUAAGGUCUAUCAAAUUUGGCAUGCAAGUCCAUUUAGCAUAAAACUAUAGUUUUUACAAGUGGAAAAGUAGCCUAAACCUCUAUAACGUGUCUCCCCCCCCCCCUUGCAAUUCUAUGUAUUUCAGAGAAACUGUGCCUAUAUUAUACUCCUUGCGAUAUACAUUUUUUUUCUUUUAAUUUCUCUUCUCUAAGAUAAAUCUCUUCUGCUUAUGUAAGACAACCUCUCUGCCUAAAUGUGCACCCAUUUCGUUAUUCUUUCCCUAUAGUUCUUCUGGGAAGGUGAGGUUUCCCAGUCUGAGACUAACUUUUAACUACAAAACCUAUGACUCAGAAGGGCAGUAGCAUAGUGGAAGUCUACACUUUGCACGCAGAAAGACUCCAGUUCCAUCUAUGGCAUUUCUAGGUAGGGCUGGAAAAGACUGGCAGUGAUUCUCAAAGGUUUCAAUCAAUGAAGAUACUGAACUUAGAUAGACUAGGGGGUCCAGUUUGGUUUAAGGCACCUUCUUUUUCAUUCCUUGCACUUCAUUUUACUGUAUUUUUUCGUGUAUAACACGACCCCAUGUAUUGUUGUUGUUUAGUCGUUUAGUCGUGUCCGACUCUUCGUGACUCCAUGAACCAGAGCACGCCAGGCACUCCUGUCUUCCACUGCCUCCCGCAGUUUGGUCAAACUCAUGCUGGUAGCUUCGAGAACACUGUCCAACCAUCUUGUCCUCUGUCGUCCCCUUCUCCAUGUGCCCUCAAUCUUUCCCAACAUCAGCGACUAUUCCAGGGAGUCUUCUCUUCUCAUGAGGUGGCCAAAGUAUUGGAGCCUCAGCUUCAGGAUCUGUCCUUCCAGUGAGCACUCAGGGCUGAUUUCCUUCAGAAUGGAUAGGUUUGAUCUUCUUGCAGUCCGUGGGACUCUCAAGAGUCUCCUCCAGCACCAUAAUUCAAAAGCAUCAAUUCUUUGGCGCUCAGCCUUCUUUAUGGUCCAGCUUUCACUUCCAUACAUCACUACUGGGAAAACCAUAGCUUUUACUAUACAGACCCCAUGUAUAAGACCCCUAUUUUUGGGAGCCCUCAACAGUUGUUGAGCUUCUUUUGUAAGUUCUCUGAGCUGUUGAGCAGCUUUUUGAUGAUCCCCUGCUCUGGCUGACAGAACUGGUGCAGUAAUACACUGCAUACUGGCACAAACCAAAUACUCUUCCUAAGCCGGGAAGAGCGGGUAAGCAGCCUCCUCUCCGACAUUUCCCUGCUACCGCCGCAGCACCGGCCCUCAUUUACUUAGCACAUUAACCCGUGUAUAAGACGACCCUCAAUUUAUCACAAAAAAAAUCAGAAAAAAGGUCGUCUUAUACAGUACAUGGAAAAAUAUGGUAUUUAGGGCUGAUGCAGGCAGCUUUUUGGUUCUAAUGCUUCCAUUAGUCAAUUAGCAAACCAGCUCUCACCAGCAUAUUUAAAAGAAGAAUGGCACUUUAUCCAAAGACUUCCAUCAAUAACUGGGUUUUCUUUUCACCUUUUUUUGCUGAUACCAUACACUAUCUCUCUUAACAGAUCACUUUUCCAGUGGUUUUUUGUGUGCUGGAAUCAGCAUUAUUCAAUUUUUGAACCAGAUUUUUCUUCUUAAAUUUGCUUCAUUAUACCAAUGUCUUCUCAAAUAAUAAUGAGUCGGCCAGAUUUUCUUGGAAAGUUUAGUUACUUCUUCCAGAUCUCUGCCUUUCCAACUAUUAUAUGGGUGUAUUUAUAUAUACACAUUUUUAAAUUAUAUAUAUAUUAUAUAUUUUCUUCACAGCUGUCUGUUUGGCAGUUUUAUUAGUUCCUUACUAGAGAGCUUGUCCAAACUUUUCAGGAACUGCUUAAUGUUAGCAUUUUGCUUUUUCCCCCCUGUUGAGUUUUUAUAUUAUAUUUUAGAAGAGGGAUAAGCAACUAGCAGCCCAAGGACUCGAUGUCCUGUCAAGGGGGUUCCCCAUCUGAUAGUCCCUGAUUUCAAGGAGUUGGACUUCCUCACCCCAUAAUGCUUCUCAGCUGCUAAUUCCUAUGUACAGGCCAAGACACAUGUAAAUAGAAAUGCAAAACUGAAGAACCACAGAACUACUUUUUUGAAAAAUGUGAACCAAAUGAAAUCAAGAGUUGGUUGACUCAGCUAGUGUCCGCUUUGUCCUGACAAUGCCCCACACCAUAAUUUGGAAAACUGAGAAAGGGUUCUGCCCCUUGCUCCUUUUGCAUGUGGUUUACUGUCUACCAUGAUGUCUGAAUUCAGAAAUUAUGUUUAGUGCUAGUCUUCCAAACCUGGGUCAGUGACAAACUAUGCAGAAAGUGACAAACUCUGCAUGGGUUGAGAAAGGGAUGCAUACGCCCACAUCUCAUUUGUGACUUAAAUCUUUCCCUGCUUUGGUUAAUGCAUCUAACUCCUGUUCACAAGUUGUGUCACGAUCCAGCAGAGAGGACGUUCUACUUAAAGAGGUGGCAAUUUGUUGCUAAAGAACAUGAUAACAAGAAUUAAAUAAAGAUGAAAUAGAUGUUGCCUUAUGAACUAAUGUUGCUAUUCUGUUGUUAUUGGGACUGACAGUGAGUCCUUAGGAUAUAAGCAACUGAAAAGUCUCUCUUCCCACAUUUUCCUCCCGCUAUAAGUGGGAGUUCAUAAAUCUCUGGUGGUGGUUUUUCUGUGUUUUAUUGAUGGGAGUAUAUUUAGUAGCUGCAUUAUAUUUUUCAUUUUUGCUUGCAAGCCAACCUGGGAACACACUGGUGAUGAGUGAGGGGUAUGCAUUUCUAAAAUAAAUAUGACCCUCCAGUCCAAACCAUGUCCUCAAGAGGGCCCAACUGCAUGUUAUGUGAGAAAACUCUGUGAUUGAAUCUCCUAGCGUAUUUGAGGGUGGCUGAGCUUGGAACAGGAGACUGGAAUGAACCCAUGUCCCAAGAGCAGCUAUAAACUGUAGAGGGGGAAACAUGAGGGCAAAAUACAGGGGUGCAAUUUGAGAAUAAUAAUAAUAAUAAUAAUAAUAAUUUAUUAUUUAUACCCCGCCCAUCUGGCUGGGCUUCCCCAGCCGCUCUGGGCGGCUUCCAAAAGAAUAUUAAAAUACUGUGAUACAUCAAACAUUAAAAGCUUCCCUAAACAGGGCUGCCUUCAGAUGUCUUCUAAAGGUCUGGUAGUUGUUGUUCUCUUUGACAUCUGGUGGGAGGGCGUUCCACAGGGAGGGCGCCACUACCGAGAAGGCCCUCUGCCUGGUUCCCUGUAGCUUUGCUUCUCACAAUGAGGGAACCGCCAGAAGGCCCUCGGUGCUGGACCUCAGUGUCCGGGUAGAACGAUGGGGGUGGAGACGCUCCUUCAGGUAUACUGGGCUGAGGCCGUUUAGGGCUUUAAAGGUCAGCACCAACACUUUUAAUUGUGCUCGGAAACGUACUGGGGGCCAAUGUACGUCUUUCAAGACCGGUGUUAUAUGGUCUCGGCGGUCGCUCCCAGUUACCAGUCUGGCUGCUGCAUUCUGGAUUAGUUGUAGUUUCCGGGUCACCUUCAAAGGUAGCCCCACGUAGAGCGCAUUGCAGUAGUAUUGGGGAUCGUUGCAGUACAGGGCGAGGAUUGAAUCUCUUUUCCCCGAUUCAAAGUAGCACCCCAGGGGCCUUCUGUGAACAAAAGAAAAAUACCUUGAAUCUCCCUUAAUUUAGCCAAGGUGGGUUUUUUAAGCCAACUGUAAUAUGAGGUGCAAUUGUGUAAAACCACUUUGCCGGCAUAUGUGGAAACGUAUAGAGCUCUCUCCGUUGUAUUUGAAAGAGGAGCACGUGACGACUUGAAGCUUGGAAGUGAAAGUUUCUGGCUUUUGACUUGUGGCUUUUAUGGUCCUUCCAGAUUGCAUUACUCUUACUGGCUUUGUAAACUGUCUGUUGAAAACUAACAUUUAUGGCAUCUUUUGUGGCUUUUAUUCAGGAUUUAAUGCACACACAAAAAAAGCACCUGAAAAAUAUAGUAGUUUCUACUGUAAACAAAUCCUAGACGUAAAACUAUUGAAACUGCCCUGACGAGAAAGAAAUUCCAGAUGCAAAACGACACAGCAGUUCUUAUUAUAAUGCACUCCAAGAGUUCUUAACUCCAAAUCUGAAGGCAGGUUUAUGUUUAAAAAAAUAUAAAAAAUAGACGUUUUAAAACAAAAUGGGCAAAAUAUUUUUCAGUGUGUUAUGCACACAGGGGCUGAAGGAUCUCAAGGACCUCAAUUCUGGGGUGUUCAUUAGAAAAGCUGGGGAACUAAACCAUGUUCAGAGUGGGAACACCAGCAAUUAAUAUAGGUUUCUUAUGGUUCUCAUAUGCACUUACUGGAAACAGUAAUUUUUGAGUAAAAAGGAAGAGGAUUGUGUUGUUCAAGAGAUCUGACAAGUAUAAUAGAACUUGCACUCGUCAUGAGUUUUUCUGCAUAUCUGAUUAUUGGGAAUUGAAGUUUAACAUUGAUAUGCCCUGCAAAAAUAAAUAAAUUGAAGCAAAGGAUCUUCUCUUUCUCCCUCUCCCUCCAGAGGGACAUGUGUAACUAUCAUUUAGUUGUGUUCUCACUCUUCCUCCACUCCCAGAUUUCCCUUUCAUUGAGUUUUCCAAUUACCGUAUUUUUUGCUCUAUAAGACUCACUUUUUCCCUCCUAAAAAGUAAGGGGAAAUGUGUGUGCGUCUUAUGGAGCGAAUGCAGGCUGCACAGCUAUCCCAGAAGCCAGAACAGCAAGAGGGAUUGCUGCUUUCACUGCGCAGCGAUCCCUCUUGCUGUUCUGGCUUCUGAGAUUCAGAAUAUUUUUUUUCUUGUUUUCCUCCUCCAAAAACUAGGUGCGUCUUGUGGUCUGGUGCGUCUUAUAGAGCGAAAAAUACGGUACUUUUGUUGACCGUAUUCCAGAACUGUGUAGUGACUAUUAACUGCAGAGGAAGUUAUUUUAGAUUAGUUCCUAUAUUAAAUACCUUACACAGGAUAUUAAAUUACACAUAUAUCAGCAUUUUACAAUGACUAAUGUCUGUUCUGAUUUCCACAAUUCCAAUUACUUGUUGGUUAUUUUUUUUAUCACUUUAUUUCGCACUCUUCAACCUAAGCUGCAGACACAUAUCUUGAUCAUGUAAGCUGAUCUUAAAUUGCUGAUUGAAUUUUUUUUUUUAAAGUACACCCUUUGACAGAUUGGCACGGUACAACCACAGUUCUAGAAUUAGAAGUCCUCUGUUCUGAGGUUUGCUUUUAUAUAACAGUUUCCCUUUGAGUAAAGUCUGUAUCGCUUUCCAGUUUUUAUGCAAAGGAGCAUAUAGGCAUACUCAGAUCUUUAGGGUAAAGUUUUUAAGGUGUGAUGUUUUACUGUGGUUUUAUGAUUUGCUGGAAGUCUCCCAGAGCUGGCACAACCCAGUCAGAUGCAGUGUUCAGAAUUAGCCAGGCACCAGGUGCAUUUUGCACCUGGCUUUUGCACCUGGCUUUUGACCGCUUGAGUCCAAGUGAAGAUGCCUGGGUACCAGAAUGGGACUGACAUCUCCACCAUCUGGAGAUGCAUGCCUGGGGAUCAUUGGAUCUGGACUAAUACCGCAUCCUGUAGAAUUCUAUCAGUUAUUUUUUAUCUGCACAACUGGAAUGAAUUUCUGGAACCAAAAUGCUUUUUUUCUGUGCAGGAGCUGUCGCCAUUAAGAAAAAGAGGUCGGAAUAGGCCAAUAUCUGUGUGAACUGUCGCUGGAUCAAGUGACUUUUCUCCUUUAAGUUCUCAAAGUUCUCAAUCUAGCUCAAGGUUAUGAUCUGAACUAGCCAGAUGUUUAAUGGAAAAUCAAUCGCAGUCGGCCCACCAUUUGAAAAAUAUGACUUUACAGCUGUCUUGCCCCCAAAUGGCAACUAGACAUUCCAUUUAGAGCCUUUAGCCUUGGUUUAAGGAGCCAUUUGGCCCCUAGCUUAAAUACUGUAUCUGAGUCUCUUAACUCUGGUCAGAUGCCCGGCAUGAUGUUGUUGUUGUUGUUGUUGUUGUUGUUGUUGUUGUUAGCACUCAGCUGUUGUUCCUUUGUAUAGAUGAAUAUUGGCCCAUAGAUCUUAUUCACCUUUGCUAUUAAUGGGCCUGUUCAUCUUGAGCAAAUCGCUAAGCAAAUAAUUUUCAUAGGCUUCAAUGCCCGCAGUUAAAGACAAAGCUACACAGUACCUUAAAACUGGGAGGUGUGUCCUGCAUUCCCCACCUGUCACUGCCCUUCUUUAAUAUCUAGUUAAAUUUGUUUUGUGUCCUAUUAAUUAUUAUUAUUUAUUCAUUUGACAUCCCACUCUUCCUCCCCCAAAAUAACUUGAACUAUAUAUGUUCAACUCCAUAUAAUGAUAAUAGGAUACAAGGUGAGAUGAACUAGACAUUACUGUGUUUUGUGUGAUUUGUGGUGCUGUCUAACCUCAAUAAGAGGGAAUAAGCACAAUUGAGUUCAGUGGGAGCUACCUCAGAAUAGACAUGAUUAGAAUUGCAGACCUUCUGCCAUUCUUCAGGUAGGCAAAGUUGCCUUUCUAGAAACAGAGAUCAAAACUUGAAAUUAUUCUAAAAUGAUCUUACAUUUUAAAAAAGAAGCCAGGUAUAUUUUGCUCACAUGUAAUACUUUAAAAAUAUUAUUCAGAUAAAGGAGGCACAACAUAUUAUAUUUUGGAAGGGAAUUUAUGAGUGUGUAGCUACAUGGGGUGCAGGCUCUGUUUUUAAAACUGAAACCAAAUACACUUGUACAUUUGGAAAGAAUUAUUUGGAUAAAUGUAUCUGUCGUUCACCUCUAAAUAUUUACAGUGUAGUCAGCAUUUACUUAUAAUGGACAAAUGGGGAUAGUCAGAAACAGCCAUUGACUGUCCAAUCCUUAGUGUGUUGUGCCAACAGGACUGGAAGAGAGAGAGAAGAAUUGAAAGUGCUUUGUAGCUCAGAAUAGUUAAGGCCAUUGUUAGAAACUGGGAUGCAAAAGCUAGGAGCAUCACUGCUCCUGGGACUUGAAUUGUAGGCGCAAAAACAGAAUGUCUAGUCACCACUUUUUAAAAUUAUAUAGGGAUUUCCUUUUUAAAGACACUGCAGGUUUUCUGUAUUUAAAAAACAGACUUUGGCACACAUUUAAUCCAGGCAUGUUUCAUAACAUGAAGGAAAUAAUAGUUUAGCAGGGAUUUUUAACGCAGCUAUGUGAGUGUCAUAGCUACCUGGCAAGAGCGAUGGGGGGAAUCCCAUAAUGAAGGCUCUGUCAUUUCCGAUAGUAAACAUUCCCUUCAGGAAUAUUUGUGGAAGAGAGCCUGCUAGGGGAGGUGCAAGAGAUUCAUUGCAAACAGUGAUGAGGUGGGCUGGGGAAGAUGAUACAACAGGAAGCUCAAAGGACUGAUUCUUCCUCUUUGAAGGCAGAGUCACUUCCGCCCUACAGAGGAGGUGGGGUUGCGGGCUUCACAGCCCCACCACACACGCAGCGGCUGGAGCCCAGCCCCUGCAUGAUUGGGGAGAUUCCCGGCCGCAUCACCCCCUGGCUGGCCAAUCGGCUGGCUCUGAGGGCAUGACCUGCCCUAUUUAAGGCAGGACGCAGCCGGGGAUCUCCCUCUUUGCCGCCCGCCAGCUGUUCCUGCUUUUUCCACCCUCCCGCCCUUUAAGGUUUUCGUUCCUUGACCUUGCUAUGGACCUUGGUUGGUCGCCAUUGAGGGGCCUGGUAGGAAUUUUUCCACUUGGCAAAUUGGCACCAGCCACUUGGUUUUCGCCUACCUCGUAGCAAAUCGUCACAACUUCCUUGGUAUUGGCGGUUAGGCAUUGGUAUAGUUCUGUAGAUGGAAGACGGGAGGUAGCGCCAUCACCUGCCCCACAUAUUAAAGGGUAGUCCAAUAAAGGAUUCCGGGGGGUGUGGCCCUGUCCGAAGCCUGGGGAGGGGAGGUCCUAAGGCACGCCCCCCAAUUGGUGACCCCGGGGGAGUUCCUAGUUGAUGUGCAUCAGCAGGACUCCCCCUUCUGGUGGUUAACCCUUCCCAGACUUCAAGCGGACGGGCUGGAGUCGGAUAUAGUCGGUUAGGACCAAUGCCUAAGCCAAUACCGCUCAUCACCUGUAACCAAUAAAGUUGUGGCCUUUUUUAGCCCAUUAAUCUUAAUAAUUGUGUCAUGUGUCAUUAUUUCCACCGGGUUGGGGGGGGGGACUUGCCACACAACCUGAAAUUCCCAGCCACAUUAUAAAGGGACGAAGAAGGAAGCAUUGACACACAAGCAUUGCUGUCUAUGACUUCUUCAAAGGGUGCAAAAUCACAAACAAAAGUGUUGUUGUUUUUUUAAAAAAGGUAGGUGCAGACAGAGCCUUGAGAAAACAUUUUGUAGGUGUAGCUAGGGGUUCAAGUCAGGCCAAUUAAGAAAGGUGGGUGUUUAAAACUUUAUCUUUUUAUUUAAAAUGAAAGAUAAAAUAAAAUCCUCUUAUUUAAUUCUGUAUUAGCUGGCUGAAGAUUUCUGAGACCUUGAGAUACCCAAUGUUAUGUGUUUUCUUUUGCAGAUUGUAAAACUGGCUACGUAUGGCAUGCUCCCCAAAAACCUUCUCAGAAGAACUAUGAUGCAAAGGCUGCAUAUCUUUGCAGAUGAUGUAAGUUAGUUGCCAGUAUUGUUUCUUGUGUACCAAUCUCGACUGUACCCAUGCAAAUUCUAACCUACAUUUUCAGUCCAUGUACAGUGGUACAGUGGUGCCUCGCAAGACGAAAUUAAUCCGUUCCGCGAGUCUCUUCGUCUUGCGGUUUUUUCGUCUUGCGAAGCAUGGCUAUUAGCGGCUUAGCGGCUAUUAGCGGCUUAGCGGCUAUUAGCGGCUUAGCAGCUUUAAGAAAAAGGAAACAAACUCACAAGAACUCGCAAGACGUUUCAUCUUGCGAAGCAAGCCCAUAGGGAAAUUCGUCUUGCGGAACGACUCAAAAAACGGAAAACUCUUUCGUCUAGCGAGUUUUUCGUCUUGCGAGGCAUUCGUCUUGCGGGGCACCACUGUACCUUGGUUCUCAAAAUUAAUCCAUUCCGGAAGUCCGUUCCAAAACCAAAGCUUUCCAAAAACCAAGGCACACUUUCCCAUAGAAAGUAACGCAAAAUGGAUUAAUCUCUUCCAGGCUUUUAAAAACAACCUCUAAAACAGCAAUUUAACAUGAAUUAAUAACAAAUGACAUCCCCAUAAAUAAGAAAAGGAUAUUCUUAUACGCAUCUGCUGCUGCAAGAGUUCUUAUAGCAAAGAACUGGAAGGGAGACAAAAUAACCACAAUAAUAGAUUAGCAAAUCAUACUUAUUGGAUUUGUUGAAUUGGCCAAAAUGACGGCAGCUAUCAGAGGUCACAAAAAUCAAAAUUUAAUAAAAGAAUGGAGUUGCAUGAAUGAAUAUAUGAAAAAACACUGCUCCGGCACAGAAAUAUUGAUAUGUAAAGAACAAAGUUUGUAAGGGGGAAAGGUUACAAAUGCAAGUAAAAUCAGAAUAUUUGUCAAAUACAAUAUAACAACACAACUGUAAAGAUAAGUUAUAGAAUUAAGGUCAAGCAAUGAUGAAAGGAAGUCAGAUUUGAACUCACAUUUCGAGUUAUGUCGAACCAAUGGUGAUGGGGGGUGUGUGAGUUGGUGGGAUGCUUUGUGUUACUAACAUGUACAUGUGUGUAAACCUUUCUUUCUGUUAUGUUAUAGAGAUAAAAACUUCAAUAAAAAUUAAUUUAAUUUAUUAUUAUUUUUUUAAAAGGAGUGGGCAACCUGUAGACUUUCAGGUGUUGUUGGGUUAUGUCUUUCAUCAUCCCUGACCAUCACAGAUGCUGGGAACUGGAGCCCCACAGUACCUGGGUUGCCUACUCAGAAAGGAAUUGAUGUAAUUGAUGGCCGGUGGCCUUUUGUGUUUCCCUCUUCCUCAGGUUAUCCCCGAAGAAAUACGCAAGAAUCUUGUAGAGCUGCUUCCGCAGCCCCGCAAAGUGCCCAAGAGGUUUGACGAAUAUACGCAAGAGGAAAUUGAUGCUUUCCCAAGGCUCUGGAAUCCGUAAGUGUCUAAAAGUCCUUGCACGGGGCUUUUAUAACCGCACGUGAUGGAUUAGCUUUUAAAGAAUGCAUUCGCCUCUAAGCGGCUGGAGAAAUGUUUUUAAAAUGCCUUUGAAGCAAAGAUGAAGACGGCUGCGCCAUAUAGAUUUGUCCCUUCAGUUUUUGGAUUACUUUGAGAGUAGAUUUUGUUCUUAUUUUGUGAGAGAGAGAGUGUGUGCAUUUCCUUUUAAAAUAAUAGAAAUCAAGGCACGCCUGUUUUUGGUCCUCUAGGAAAAUGUUUUCAGAAUAGUUUUAUAAACGCGAUGGUCUAACCUAUAAAAUAUAGUAUCCUGCUUCACGUGGAAUACUUUACACACAGGUAUUUGUAAGGCUUUGGGUGGAUUAAGUUGCAGCCUUGAAAGCAGUCCAUAAUAUGUGUCUUAGGCUUUAUUUACAAAGAGAAGAAAGCAGGAAGCUGAGGAGAUAUUCCUUUACCAAACCAGAAUGCAAUCUUGAAACCAAUACUUGCGUCAAGUAUUAAGGGUGUUUUGUGAAGGACUCUAGAGCCAAAUCUAGCAUGCAGAGCAGACCUUCCGAGUUCAAUAUCUACCUGCUAGAAUAUUGCCUUUUCGGUGGCAUUUGAGGUGAUGCUACCCAAGCAGAGCUUGUUUUUAAGUGCAGGGUAGAUGCCUCUUUUCUUCCCACAACCAUCUUUCCUGCCAUAGAAGUUUUACCGUCACUGUGUCUGUAAAAAUAUGCCUGUGCAAUUGUAAUCAGCAGUGGUCUGUAUGAGCUCUAUGUACAGUGGUGCCCCGCAAGACGAAUGCCUCGCAAGAUGGAAAACUCGCUAGACGAAAGAGUUUUCCGUUUUGGAGGUGCUUCGCAAAACGAAUCUCCUAUGGGCUUGCUUCGCAAGACGAAAAUGUCUUGCGAGUUCCUGUGGGGGUUUUUUCCCUCCCCCCCCUUUUUCUAAGCCGCUAAGCCGCUUAUCCGCUAAGCCGCUAAACGCCGCUAAAAGCCGCUAAUAGCGCUAAUCCGCUAAUCCGUCAAUGGGCUUGCUUCGCAAGACGAAAAACCGCUAGACGAAGAGACUCACAGAACGGAUUCUUUUCGUCUUGCGAGGCACCACUGUAUUCUGCGUGGUGCUACCUUUAUGAAUGACAAUCCGGGAAGCAACUGGGCCUGGAUCCCCGCCUUUGACCACCUCAGAAAUCUGCUAGUAAAAGACCCACUGCUGAGAUAUCAAUGUACAGUAAUGAUGCAGGAGUAAAAUGUAUUGCAAAACAUUUGAUGAGCUUCCUGGAACAUUAUAUGAUUACACUGGUAUGUCGUGUUACGUACUUAAUCCGUUCCGGAGGUCUGUUCGUAGCAUGAGGUGCGCUUUCACUAAUGGCGCCUCCCAUUGCUGCUGCGCUGCCAGAGUGUGACUUCGGCCAGUGUGGUGUUGUGGUUAAGAGCGGUAGUCUCGUAAUCUGGUGAACCGGGUUCGCUUCCCCGCUCCUCCACAUGCAGCUGCUGGGUGACCUUGGGCUAGUCACACUUCUCUGAAGUCUCUCAGCCCCACUCACCUCACAGAGUGUUUGUUGUGGGGGAGGAAGGGAAAGGAGAAUGUUAGCCGCUUUGAGACUCCUUCCGGUAGUGAUAAGGCGGGAUAUCAAAUCCAAACUCUUCUUCUUCUUCUACCGCUCACAUCCUCAAAGGUCGCUACAAGGGGCAUCUACUUCCGGGUUAGUGGAGUGCGUAACCCGAAACAUUUGUAAGGGGGAUGGUACGUAAUACGAGGUACCACUGUAGUAGCAAGACCCAUACAUCAGAGUUCUAAAUAAGAAUUCCAUACUGACCUUACUUUCACUUCAGAUUCUCUGCAUGUGAUAUAAGAGUGAUGGGAGAACAUAAGAAAUCAAUACUCUGCCUCCACAAUUGGAAGCAGUUAUGCUUCUGAAUACCAGUUUGCUGGAAACCACAGGAAGGGAGAGUGCUCUUGUUCUCAAAUCCUGCUUACUGGUCUUCCACAGGCUCUUCAUAGGUUCUUACGUUACAAAAUAUGGCAGGGACGGAGCCUCCCUUUCACUGCAGUGCUUUGAAAUAAUUCUGCCUUACCUAAAGAAAGUUAUUUUGCUCACUGAAUGAGUCUUCACCUUCAUUAACUGUUGAGCCUUGGACUUCUUUUUUAAAAAAGAUAGUUGGGCAUUGUGGUUGUAGGAAGAAAGGAAAAGUUAAAAACAUAUUCCUCCUCCGUGGGUCUUCUGCUGGUUCCCUCACUGCAAGAAGCCAAGUUACAGGGAACCGGGCAGAGGGCCUUCUCCAUAGUGGCGCCCUCCCUGUGGAACAGCCUCCCUUCAGUUGUCAAGGAGAUAAAGAAUUGCACAACUUUUAGAAGACAUCUGACGGCAGCCCUGUAUCGGGAAGUUUUUAAUGCUGGAUGUUUUGCUAUGUUUUUAUAUAUGCUAUAAGCCGCCCAGAGUGGCGGAAACCCAGUCACAUGGGCAGGUUAUAAGUAAUAAAAUUAUUACUAUUUUAUUUAUUCAGUAUAUUAUAUGGGCUUAAUUUCUUUUAUUUAGGGAGGAGAUAAAAAGUGUUUUGGAAACUUAGUGUGCUCCUACCUCUUUCUCAAUCCUGCUAUGCUCUUAUAAUGAGCAGAAUUUGAAAUGUACUGCUGUUUACAAGUACUGUACGGUAUUUCCAUCUUAUUGUGGCAUAUGCAGAAUUAUUCCAUCCUGUAAUUACGUAGGACAGAGAGAAUCAGAAAGACAGAGACCACCCGAAAGAGAAUUCUCAAGAGCUGGAGCUGGUCUCCUAUGAGCUUAAUUAUUUAAAGCCAUUCUCCUUCCAAAUGGGACUUUACAGUCUGCUAACUUUGGAAUAACGACGAGUCAAGGAAAAAGUUCCAGGAGAGUCCAGGUGUCUGACCCUUUCCCCUCUGUGAAACAUUUCACCCUUCUAAUAUUAUCUGGUGUAGUGUAUGAACUUAGAGUGCGAGCCAAGACAUCUCAGAAUUUCGCCACAACUACAAACUCCCUUAGCUGCUUGUAUCUCGCCUUCUGCGGUCCACUAUGUCAGAACAGUGAUACUGAAUGGCCAUGUAGCCCUCUUUGGUUUAUAACAUAGGAAGGAAGCUUGUAUUUGAAGUACUUUGAACAUCUGUUAAAAAAACAACCCCAAUAUAUAAAUGCUGAAUAUAUAUCCUUAUGUCUGCACCCAGUGUCUGGAACAAUGGAAAGCAUGCAGAUUUCCAUAAACUAACUACAUUUUGCAUACUUUCAUCUGGCUAUAUUACUGGUUGUUUCAAAAUCCAGAUACCUUGGUGAGCACUAUAAUAGCUAAAAGGCAAGGAAUUAAGAGUCUACCAGAAUUGAUGCUGCUGGUUCCUUCACCAUUGGUUCCUGGCUGUCCUUUGCCUCUUUCUCCUGUCUUUCCUCCUUGAUUGCCUAAAAGGUUUGUUUCUAGAUUGUUGCCCACAGAGGAUGAGAAACAGAUAACGGGUGUUGUGGAGACAGUUUGGUGGUUACUGUGCAUGACAUACGUGUAUCUCACCAGUGUUAGAAACUCAGAUAUUUACGCUAGGGGCCAAAUGGCUACUUAAACCAAGGCUAUAGUCUCUAAAUAGAAUGUCCAGUUGCCAUUUUGGGGCAAGACGGCUCUAAAGUCUUAUUUUUCAAAUGAUGGGCCAACUGUGAUUUAUUCUCAGUUAAACAUCUGGCUAGUUCAUAUCACAACCUUGAGCUAGGUUGAGAACUUUGAGAACUUAAAGAAGAAAAGUCACUUGAUCCAGGGACAGUCCACAUAGAUAUUGGCUUAUUCCGACCUUUUUUUCUUAAUGGCAACAGCUCUUGCUCAGGCUGUACAGAAAAAGCAUUCUGGUUCCAGAAAUUCAUUCCAGCUGUGCAGAUAAAAUAUAACAGAGAGAAUUCUACAGGAUGGGGUAUUAGUCCAGAUCCAAGGAUCCCCAGGCAUCCACCUCCAGAUCUUCACUUAGUUGCAAGUGGUCAAAAGCCAGGUGCAAAAUGUGCCUGGUGCCUGGCUAAUUUCAAACACUGGUAUCUGCCUCUUGACCACUGGAUGCCCUGUCCUGGCCCCCUUUGGUAUCUGAGCAGUCAAGAGGUCUUGGCUUAGCGUUUCCCUUCAGAAUAGAGAUGGGGAGAAAUAUGAAGUUUAUCUUGUUUCUGCAGAAGUGUGCAGAAGUGACUGUUACAACUGUUAGAAUUCCUGCUCCAUGAUUGCAGUCAUGGGAUUUUUGUCUAUCACAUGGCGGUGUAUAUUUUGACUCCACAAAGUGGGAAGUGACGGAGACAGGAUAUUUGUGUUGCUGUGUUUCAUGAAGUGGGACUAUUGUCCCUUUUUUUUCCUCUUUGCUGUCUGAUGCUAGAGAGAGACGGAGCCAUGUUGCAGUGCUCCAUGUGUGUUUAUAUGUAAAUUAAGUAGAUUAGCCCAAAUGCUGAGUUGCUGAGGUCUGUCACGCAAUGCUGUGCAAACCCUGUGGAUCCCUAAGUGUGCCGGUGUCGGUUGGCAUCGGUUGCUGUGAUGUUCGGGCUAAAGAAAGCUUUUGAAGCUCCCGAGCGAUUGACCAGGAGGGAGAGAACAUGCCAGUCGGGCAUGUGUCUCUGCCAGGGUCCUACUCGAGUGUAGGACAAGCUCCUGACAACAACACUAUUAGGCUUGAUUCUCCUUCAGCUUCCCCCUCCCCACUCAAGAAAUAUUUAAGCAUCUUGCUUAGCCCAAAAGAGGAAGUAAGAGAGGGGGUCAGAAAGCUUUUCUUCCCACUGCUGAGAAAAGGGGAAAGCACUUGACCCCUCGUUGCGUAAGAACAAGGAAGCAAUCAAAGCACUGCAUACUUGGGGAUUAAGAGGCAGCAAGAAUCUUUGGUGCAGAAAGGAGAGUUGUGAAAAAAAUAUAGUUGGGGGGGGAAUGGAAAUGGGUUGGGAGAUGCCAUAAGACUCCAGCCAAAUUGAUAUUGAUGCUUCUCCUCAUAUGGAAGCCAGGAGAUGUUUUCAUAAAAAUCCUGCUAAUGUUAGACCUUUGCAGUUUUAUGCUGUGAAAUUGGAGUCUGUUACCACCACAAUUAAGAAGGUUACAGGAAGCCAGUGGUUUUAACGCAGAGAAAUGCCAUGUGGAAUUAAGCAGGGAAAUGGUACUUAACGGCACAGCUUAUAAUUAGUAAAAUGUGCGUGAAAAGUGUCUGCCUUCAGUUGUGAAUAUUAGGCACCGUUUUAACUGGAAAAUUACAGGCCCCUUUCACUCCAGCUGCCUGAGAGAGACUGAGCAUAAAAUAACUUGCCCCAGGGAAUCAUGCACAGCUAAAAAUACUUCUGUGGAAGUGCCCACUUACCUGCUCUUUUUUGUUUCUUCAGAGGAAAGAUGAGCUGAGCGUGGCAGUAUUUCCCAGCUUCUCUAUAGCAAAAGUUCUACAAAAUUAUUUCGGCUUUUGUUUCUCAGGGGUGGGAGCGCAACUUUAGCUGGGUCGCAGCUUAAUGAGUGUCUUCAUUUGCUGUGCAUGCCAAAUGAGUAGCCUCCUUUGCAGCUUUGAAGCGUGAUCAUCCCAACAGCCUUGUAGCAAUCCUCAGCUCUGCGGUUGGGAGGAAAACGGGUUGUUUGGCAGCUGCAUGGCCAAAUCACCCAGAGCAGGUUGCUGCCCACCAGAAGCACCCUGAACGUCUCCCCUUCUUCCCCCCGCCCCCUCCAAGCAACAGCAGACGAAACUGGCGUGCUCUUUCCCUAGGACCCAUGUACCUAUGGGACCACCUCUCCUGGUAAGUCCUGCAUAGGACCUCAAGGUCCACAAAUGACAACACUUUGGAGGUCCCAAGUCACAAGGUGGUUAGGUUGGUCUCAACUAGGGCCACGGCCUUUUCAGUACUGGCCCCGACUUGGUGUAACGCUCUGUCACAAGAGACUAGGGCCCUGCGGGACUUGACAUCUUUCCGCAGGGCCUGCAAGACAGAGCUGUUCCACCUGGCCUUUGGUUUGGACUCAGUCUGACCCUUAUGUUUCCCUCCCCUUAUGGUUUUGAUCUAUGGGCUACUUUUAAAAUGAGGCUGCAUUUUAAAUUGCAUUUUAACCUAUAUUUUAAAUUGUUUUGUUGUGUUCCCCCCCCCAUUAUGUUUUUAUUUUGCUGGUGUUCUCCGCCCUGAGCCCAGCUCUGGCCGGGGAGGGUGGGGUAUAAAUAAAAUUUAUUUUAUUAUUAUUAGGGACGCGGGUGGCGCUGUGGGUUAAACCACAGAGCCUAGGACUUGCCGAUCAGAAGGUUGGCGGUUCGAAUCCCCGCGAUGGGGUGAGCUCCCGUUGCUCAAUCCCUGCUCCUGCCAACCUAGCAGUUCGAAAGCACAUCAAAGUGCAAGUAGAUAAAUAGGUACCGCUCCUGCGGGAAGGCAAACGGCAUUUCUGUGCGCUGCUCAGUAAAGCGAGAUAAGCGCCGCAACCCCAGAGUCGUCCGUGACUGGACCUAAUGAUCAGGGGUCCCUUUACCUUUAUUAUUAUUAUUAAUUCCUCCCCACAGUAAAUAGAGGCAGAUUUUAUUUGGCUGCUGCUCAAAUGAGGUGCUCUGAGCUGCUCUGCCAAACAUCAACAAAAGCCAACAUGCUUCCCAGCUCUUUUUUUUACAGGUAGGGUGGGUUGGGGUGUGAGAGUCUGUAACUGACUGAUAUUGGGCAGUGAUGUUGCUUCUGCCAAGCCAUGAAGGAACCUGAAGACCAUAAAUUUUGGCUUGGCUAGCAAAGCCACAUUUUUUGUAUUCUGUUUUACUUGAGGUGCUUUGAACUGUGCAACUGUUCGCUAUUUUGAAGUGUAAAAUAAGUUUUACGUGACCAACUUUUUCCUCUGUUGAGCUAUCCUUUCAUUCUGUCCAGGCUGAAUGUUCACCAGACGGCAUUAGCAAGAUGCUUUUUUACCCAUUUUCAAUUUUGGUUGCUUUCAGUCAUGAAUGCAAGUGUGAGACAGGAAGCUGAAAUAAAAGCUAUUGAAUUUCACUCUGCUUCUUCUGGAAACUGUUAUGUGGCAGGUUAAAUCAAACCGUUCCUACUUGGGUUUGAGCAGAACCUAAGCAGCAAAUUUUAUAACCAGCCUACUAAGCCUGAACCCAAAUUGAUUUGAGUCCCCAGUUCAAAAUCUGCUUAAUCCUUGAGUACCCCAUGAAUGCCACAGUUAAUUACCUUCUCAACAAAUCUUGCACUAAGUACAAAUUGCAGCGAGAAAUAUUGAGCUCUGGGUUAACAUGCCUGAGUCAUAACUAUAUUUUCCAGUGGAGGGAACAAAAGCAAAAACCAAGCACUCUAGGGGGAUAGAAAAUAACUAAGUACUUUGCUGCAAGCAGCCUAAACCUAAACAGAGGUUAUUUCUCCCUUGGGGGGAAAUUGGGAUCUAUGAUGUGGGCUUGUCUCCGCCCAUCUCACCACCGGCAGGAAGUCUUGAAAAAAUAUAUUUGAGGGAUACUUCGGGUGAGAGACCCUUGUUCCAUUUCCUGCCUUUGCCACUGGUAGGAGGUCUCUUGCCUGCUCUGGGCAAAAGAAGAAGGUGGGAGAGCCAUAUUGGAAGGGAUUUUUCUUUCCUUUGUUCUUCCUUUGUCUUCCUUUCUUGGAGCCACUUUUUCAGCUCCCUUUGGGCCUACAGCCCUUUGGAAGCCUCUGGACUUAGGAGGAAAGCCUAGGAAAGGGUCAGGGGGAAAACCCAGCGGAAAGGAGGAAACUUUCUUUUCUAAGAGAUGAAGCUUCCUCUGGAUUCCUUGGUAGUGGCACCCGCCCUGUGGAACGCCCUCCCACCAGAUGUCAAUGAGAAAAAUAACUACCAAACUUUUAGAAGACAUCUGAAGGCAGCCCUGUUUAGGGAAGCUUUUAAUGUUCGAUACAUUACUGUAUUUUAAUAUUGUGUUGGAAGCCACCCAGAGUGGCUGGGGAAACCCAGCCAGAUGGGCGGAGUAUAAAUAAAUAAUAAUUAUUAUUAUUUAUUCCUCAGUGGAAUCUGGGAUCCCAGGCCGCCUGCGGAAUUCCCUUGAAUUUAACAGUAGCCCAAGCCGAGGAGGUUUCAGGCAAACUGCAAAUGCUUGAUCCAGCAGCUCCAGCACUUCAGGAAGUUGGGCUGGGAAGUUGGACGAGUGGAUUGCCUGUCUAGGACAGACUUUGGACCUCCCCAUGGCCUCCACAGUCUCCCCACCCUGCUUGCUACAGACCUAUCAGGCUAUUGUACGCUGAAUCUCGGAGGGUUGCCCAGAGGGGUAUGAGACUUUUGCCCGAAGAUCCAGGGGCCUCCUAUCUUUCCAUCCCAGCUUUUCUGGCCUUUUCAGCCCAUUAUGAAGGUUAUUUCCAUUUUCCCUUUCUCCUGUGCUAGUUAAAGGGGCCACUAGGAACCUUUCCUUUCAUGCAGUGAUCAGGGGGGCAUGUUCCUGAAAUAUACUCGGAGCCAAGAGUGGAUUUCAUUCUCUUUAUUCAGCUGAUAGUGGUGAGGAGGAAUGGAAGUUCCCCCAGAAUGCCUGCUUUAUAUACAUUAUUUACACAAUGGGCCACACGUGAUUGGCUAAUUCACCUGUAGGCCAAUCUGGUUGCGGGGUCACGUUCACCUGGAGCUGGAUUGGGUGGCUCCUGUGGACCAAUCAGACUGCUGCAUUCUGAAUCCUAUUGUUCUAGGACCAAUCAGACUGCUGCCUUUUGGAUCCUAUUAAACUCAGUACAUAACAGUACUGUGUUCCCCUCCUAUUCCUUAGUUGCUAUUGCAGUUACUUGCUUAAGCAUGAGUUGAGCUGAAGCAGGGUGGAUAAAAAUCAGUGAUUAAAAAAAAUAAAUCAGAUUUUUUUUAUUUAAAUCAGAUUUUUUUUAUUUAAAUCAGAUUUUUUUUUUAUUUAAAUGAAUUUUAAAAUAAAAUGCUUUUGGAGGAAAAAUCUUUCUAAAGAUAGUUUUCUAUUUAAGUUAUAUUAUAGUCCAAAGGCUAUUCAUCAGGAAAUAAGGAUUUGUUUUAAGUUUUGUAUGUGUGUUAAAACUCAGUCUAAGUUUGUUUUUGUUUGUUUGUUUGUUUAAAAAAAGCUUAACCACAUCAGUUAACAAACAUGGAUACAUAUGCUAUAUAAAUCCAAACACUCAAUAAUGUUAUUGCUUUAGUUAAAUAAAUUGCUUAAAUUGUUAUUAAGGAAAUGAUUAUUUUUCUCCGUCCAAUAAAGUACAGCAGAAAAGUUGUCCCAAUAUAAACAGUUAACUUCUUAAACCUAACAAUCAUUUCAUAAUUAUCUGUCUUAUGUAUUUCUAAUAGUAUAACCAAGUCAGUAAUUUUUGAUAUAACUGUAAAAACUACUCUGAAAAUUUAUUUUUCCAAAAAUGAAACCUUCAUCUGGUUGUAAAUAUUAAGAUUAUACCGGAAAGACUGAGUCUUUUUGUUAAAAAAAAAAAAAAAGACUUAAAUCAAGUCUUACUGACUAGUGAUUUAGAUCAAGUCUUACUGACUAGUGAUUUAAAUCGUGAUUUAAAUCAAAUCCACCCUGCCCUGAAGUAUCCUCAAAGUUUUGUUUUUUAAAAAAUUCCUGCCAGUGGUGAGAUGGGCAGAAACAACCCAGUUCUCCGUAUAGAGAAGGAACUUAUCACGGUUAAGUACCAACGUUCGCUUUUCCCCCGGGGAAGCAUUGCACAGGUAAUCAGGUACUUCUAAAGAGGGGCUCUCAUUCCCUUGGAGUCCUCAAAUUUGCCCAGUGGCCAGAUGCCAGAGUGUUGCUCUAAUAUGAAGGCUCAAAAUAAAAUUUUAAGAAUCCGAAAGGUCAGCAAAUCCACAUAUAAGCCUUUUUGGCUGUUUAAACUUAAUCCCAUGAUUUCUUUAUCCAUGUAAUGCACCCCUCUUUAAGUCUUCCACUGCCUUUCUCUCUAACCUUUCCCCCAGGUUAAAAUUCCAGUUUGCAAGGAUGUCUUUGUUCCUGUCAGAUGAAGUGCAUAAGCACUACCUAGUGAACCAUGAGAGGCACAUCAAAAUAGUAAAAUAUUUACAUUCUCUUGUGGAUAAACAGAUACAGAAGGAACUGAAGCAGGAAUAUUGCUUGGUAAAAAAUAAGGAAUGCAUUGAUUUCCCGCGCGCGCCCCCAGUAUAUUCUUGAAAACUUUGCUCUCUUAAUGUUGUUAUCAUAAUAUAUGCAAUAAUAAUAAUAAUAAUAAUAAUAAUUUAUUUAUAUCCUGCAGUCCCCACCCGAAGCCGGGCACAGAGCGGCUAACAACAGUAAAAAUAACACAGUUUACAUAAAAUUACAAUCAAUUAUUUGAAAUACAUACUAAAAUCAAUUCAGAAUCAAAUUAAUGGCAACCCUGCCUUUUCCCCUGAUGGGGCUCAAUAUACACAGGACCUGUUCAAGUCUGGUUCUAAUCUGGCCUGUGACUAUAGAACAGUACUGCCAUUUUGGCUCUGUCUCCUAAAGGGAGCUGGGACACGGGUGACGUUCUGGGUUAAACCACAGAGCCUAGAACUUGCCGAUCAGAAGGUCGGAGGUUCGAAUCCCCGCGACGGGGUGAGCUCCCGUUGCUCAGUCCCUGCUCCUGCCAACCUAGCAGUUCGAAAGGACAUCAAAGUGCAAGUAGAUAAAUAGGUACCGCUCCUGCGGGAAGGUAAAUGGCGUUUCUGUGCGCUGCUCUGGUUCGCCAGAAGCGGCUUAGUCAUGCUGGCCACAUGACCCGGAAGCUGUACGCCGGCUCCCUCGGCCAAUAAAGAGAGAUGAGCGCCGCAACCCCAGAGUCAGUCAUGACUGGACCUAAUGGUCAGGGGCCCCUUUACCUUUACCUUUAUGGUUUGGCUUAGUGUGAUAUGUGACUGAUUACAUUGACUGAAAUAAAUUGGUAUAUACAUUCCCGCCCCCCUCUCUAUAUAUACAGAUAAAAUAGAACAUUAAAGAACCUGUUGAAAACAUAUUUUGUUAAGCAAGCCUGAAAGAGAAGUAGUGACACGUUAUUACAGGGCAGCCUUGCUGUCAUCAACUAAUAAUAACUCCACAUUCUUGUGAGCAUGGCUUUCUCCUUGAUGGUUUUUAAUUUCUCGACUGCAGCUAGAACAAAGACUGGUCUAAAGCAAAGCAAAUGGCUUGAUUCGAUCUCAAGUUCUUGAAGGAGAUGGAAUUUCUUUUCUCCUUGUCAUCCAGAACCGCCAGGGCCAGUGCAGCUUUGAAGGGGGCAUUUGGGGAGCAGACUGUGUGUUCCCUCCAUUCCAUACUCAAUUCUGUUUGCAGAAAAAUGUAAACCAGCGACGGCACAAAGAUCUUGAUUCUUCAAGUCCCUAAUUCUUCAGGUCCCUUUUCACCCUAAUAAGACCAGAAGCUCAAAGAUGCAUACAGUGGUACCUCUGGUUGCAAACGGGAUCCGUUUUGGAGGCCUCUUCACAACAUGAAUAGAACGUAGCGGCGCAUCUGUGCACACGUGGUUUGCGAUUCGCCACUUCUGCGCAUGCACGUGACAUUAUUUUGCGCAUCUGCGUCUGCCAUGCACGAGCAGCGAAACCCGGAAGUAACCCUUUCCGGUACUUCCGGGUCGCCGCGGAACGCAACCUGAAAAAAAGUAUCCUGAAGCAAACGUAACAUGAGGCAUGACUGUACUAGACAUUUCAGCGUUGGUUGGCCAUUUUGAAUCAUGCAGAUUUUUGUCUCUUUCUGUUCCUUUCAAAAACCUCUAUUUUUGCACUCUGCUUAGCCUCCCCCACUUUCUUGGCCUUCUUCCUCCUCUUCCUCCUCCUCCUCUUCCUCCUCUUCCUCUUCUGCAAUCACUCGUAGCCGAGUAAGAUUGUCUUCCAUAAACACGGUUUUAACUAUGAGUCCAUAAAUGACUGGAGGCCAAUUCUGGAUAGCAUAGAUGAGAGGGAUCUCUUUCAGGGUGAAGACUCUGUGCACCGUUCUUUGGCUCCCUUCCCUCUUGCGUCUCCUCUCCCUUCCAGUUUUGGCUGUCCUCCUGCUGUACUAGAACUGGGCAGGAGUCAUAUGUAGCUCAAAAGCCUAGUAUUCUUUAACCACCCAGUCUUCAGACUUCAGCAGAUUUUUCUGCAGAAAUUGCCCAACCACUAUUUUCAGUGCAGAAUUGGUAGAGAGAGUGCAUUGUUAUUGUUUGUUUGUUUGGCAAGACUGGCAUUGCCCUCAGGAGCCAGCCAUGGAUUGUAAAACACUUGGAAGUUACAGUGGUGCCCCGCAAGACAAAUGCCUCGCAAGACGAAAAACUCGCUAGACGAAAGGGUUUUGCGUUUUUUGAGUCAUUCCGCAAGACGAAUUUCCCUAUGGGCUUGCUUCGCAAGACAGAACGUCUUGCGAGUUCUUGCGAGUUUGUUUCCUUUUUCUUAAAGCCUCUAAGCCGUUAAUAGCCGCUAAGCCGUUAAUAGCCGCUAAUAGCCGCGCUUCGCAAGACGAAAAAACCGCAAGACGAAGAGACUCGCGGAACGGAUUAAUUUCGUCUUGCGAGGCACCACUGUAAUUCUGCAAGAAAUCCGCAUGAAUGGAAGUGGGAGCAGCCCUGUGAGUAAAACGGUUGCACAACUCUGCAGAGACUUUCUGAGUGUCUGUCUUGAUUCCAUGUCUGGGAAAGUUUUCCCAGCCAUUCACCCAAACCGGAGUUCAGACUCAUUAGUGCCCUUUUCAACUUCGUGUUUGUCCUGUUACUUAAUCUCUUCGUGUCAGAUUUGUUGGUGUACACCGCUAAUAGAUUAGCUGCAAGGCACUGACCUCAUGCAGUGCUUCAGAAAAGUCAGGUUUGUCCACAGCAAGGAGGUGAUGAAUACCUGCCACUCACUCCAUGGAUGGGAGUCAUUUUUCUCACUUGACAAGGAGAGGGGGUUACCUGCAGGCAAAUAGAAAAAAUGCCAUUUUGAAGGCUUCAAAGUCGUCAUGCCAGGUGCAUAUUGCUGGCUUAGUAAGCAACUUCUGCUGACAAAUCUUGGUAUUUCUGUAUUUGUGGGGUAAUGUUUCAUAGACUUAAAGACAGCUAAGAAAGCUGUGAUAGUCUUCCAAGUACGUGUUAGAAGUGAAGGGGAAAUUGGUUGUGCUAAUUUUGACAUAACGUUGAAUAUGUUCCUUGAUGUUGCAAUGUAAUGGAGCUUUGAAUGAAAUAAUCUGAAAAACAUUUGUAAAGAUUCCAUUACUGUGGUACCUCAGGUUACAAACGCUUCAGGUUACAGACUCCGCUAACCUGGAAGUAGUACCUCGGGUUAAGAACUUUACUUCAGGAUGAGAAUCACGCGGCGGCGGCGGCGGGAAACCCCACUAGCUAAAGUGGUGCUUCAGGUUAAGAACAGUUUCAGGUUAAGAACGGACCUCCGGAAUGAAUUAAGUUCGUAACCAGAGGUACCACUGUACUUUUUGAAAUCUGGACACCUUCUGUGUCACUAUAAUCCAGAGAGAAGGAAUAACUCGCAUUUAGCCAAGUAACAUGUUGGCUUAUCUCUCUGUUGGAUCUCCCAUGCCAUUUGGAUAAAGACCUAUGCAUUGAUUUUCCCCGCACUUGUAUUUUCAUAAUUAGGAUGGAGAAGAGGGUUUCGCCCUCCUUCUCAACUUCCAUGAUAGCUAAUGUGAAAAUCUUUUGGCAUUCUUUAAAACUAGCUUUGCAUCCUUGCUCUCUUGGGCGUUCUUCCUGCCUUUAUACAACACAGUUCCAGUUUUUAUCAGCCUUGCUGCUUAUUCGCAUUGAAAUAAUGUGGGGAUACGCCUUGUCAUUAAAGGCUGCAGAGUCUAAUUAUGUUUACUAUGCUGUUAAAAAUAAAAUAGGCUGCUACUCCCACCAUACAGCUUCAGCCAAACCCCAGCUUUUGGUCUGCAGAGCAUUGCUAGGCAAAAAAAGGAUCACCUUAACUGGAAUGCGCUGCCUGCGGUUUUGCUAAGGAGCAAACUCCACAGUGACUCUAUUGAGAUUGGGCUAAAAACUACCACGGUUUGCUGUCACUUAUUUCAGCAGUUUCAUCAGCAAAUUUUCUAGCACACGUAUUUUUUGUACCCACUGAAAAUACCUUUUAACAAGGCUCUGGGGGUGUUAAAUAGCAUCGUACAUGGGACGGGAAGACAGUAUUUAGUUUGGGAAGUUUUUCCCUCUUUAAAAUAGUGGCUGUUGAACAUACAAAACUGCCUUAAAGCGAGUCAGUCUAUUGCUUCAUCUAAGCCAGUAUUAUCUACACUAUGUGGCUGUUCAUGGUUUUGGAGAAUGUUCUUUCUUGGCCUUAAGAUCAUUUUUAAACUACACUAGUGGCCAAAAUUGUGGGAACCUUUAGGGGAAAGUGUAUUUCUGAGGUUUGAUGGCUCAUAGCACCACUUUCUUUUGGAGUAAUACCAUACAAUUAUAUAUCAAUGGAAAGAUAAUUUAAUGAAGACUGUAAUGCAAUAUCUUUUAUGCAGAAGAAAUCCAUAACAGAAGCAGUACCUGACGCAGGUCUCUAGAUCAGUCCAUUGGGCUACUUUUUCAAAGAUGCAAGUUAUUAAUACUAGAUGUGUUAAAUUAAUUGCGAUCACAUCAUGUGGUUCUUUCAGUUACAGCUUUCAGUUAUGGGCACAGUAGGGUGGUGAGGAACUGGUAAAACAGACUGGCCCUCAUCACAACCCACUUUUUAUCCUCUCAUGAAGACAGAGGCUUUCACAGGCCCUAUAAGGCAUCCAUUUAUUCAUAAAUUCUCUAAACCAGUUUCUCCCCCUCCCAUUUGCCCAGAUUUCUAACCCACGGCUUCCAGUUGUCAAAGGUCAUGUACUUUCUUCGGUUACACUGUGCUGAUUUGUUCCAAGUGCAGAAGAAUUUUUAUACAAGACGAAUGCCUCGCAAGACGGAAAACGCGCUAGACGAAAGGGUUUUCCGUUUUUGAGUUGCUUCGCAGGACGAAUUUCCCUAUGGGCUUGCUUCGCAAGACGAAAAUGUCUUGCGAGUCUUGAGAUUUUUUUUCCGCUCCCCCCCCCUUUUUCUAAGCCGCUAAGCCGCGAAUAGCCUUUUAGCAGCUAAGCCGCUAAGCCGAUAAGCCUUUAAUAGCCGCUAAACCGCUAAUAGCGCUAAGCCGCUAAUAGGGUUGCUUCGCAAGACGAAAAAACCGCUAGACGAAGACACUCGCGGAACGGAUUAAUUUCGUCUUGCGAGGCACCACUGUAUUUUGUUAAGGGAAACUCAGAGAGUGAAAGAGGAAUGCCCCAGGUUUCAUACGGCCAUUGCUCAUAGGGAUAUCGAUUAACGCUCUUAAGGGCUUUCUUGGGAUUGAAGAUGUUGUGUUUCGUGGAGACCUCUGCUGCCAGAAGCAGUCUUCUUUGGGUCUGGCCUGCAUUCGUGCCUAAAACUCUUUGGAAAGGCCAAAAAAAUACCAGCAGCUUUUGAAAACCUAGCAGGGUUUCAGAGAAAGAGAUUGAUCAGAGGAAGAGAUUGAUCGUACCUUGGGUUAAGAACUUAAUUCGUUCCGGAGGUCCGCUCUUAACCUGAAACUGUUCUUAACCUGAAGCACAACUUUAGCUAAUGGGGCACCACUGCUGCACGAUUUCUAUUCUCAUCCUGAAGCAAAGUUCUUAACCUGAGGUACUAUUUCUGGGUUAGGGGAGUCUGUAACCUGAAGCGUCUGUAACCCGAGGUACCACUGUAUUUAGAGCAGCAGCUGCUUCUCAAGUCAGUGUUCAGAUACCUGGUGUUGACUCUGAAACGCUGCAGAAUAGCCUUGUCUGUUCCCAGUCCCAGGUAACGAAACAGCAUAGUAAUGUUCCAAUUGGCACUUGUCUUUUACGGCUGCCAGCUCAUGACUCCACUGCAAGAGCAGAAGCAGAGAAUGGGAGGAAGGGAGGGAGUGAAGCAACUCAGUAAUGUUGACCAGUGGACUCCCAUGCAUCACUUGGGAGAAGGGUAAAGAACUUAAUUAAAUAUGUGUAGAUGUAGCAGCGCCUGGUGAGCAUCUACAUCAUAGUCAGUCUAUGUCUAACUAUUAUAAACACUUUUUAAUAACUGCCAUAUUUGGGGGGGGAGGGUUAAAUAGCAGGGCCUGGCCUGCAGAUCAUUGGAGAGCUUGUGUGGUAUACUGAUUUGAGCUGAUGCAUACAGCCUUGUUUCAUUUUUAUCAGCUGAGCAAUGUGGUUGCCAAUUUCUGCAUUUCCCAUCUGCUCAGCAGAACCCGGAGCUCUCCUGGGUCAUGGGAACUGGGAGGCUCCCUCCCUUGUUGGAUUUGCGAAACGAGAUGAUCUGAUGGCGCUUUCCAGUUUUCAUAUCCAACAUACUAUGCAGUUCUCGGCCUGUAUGUUCACGCUGUCUCAUUUAUCUCUGCUGAUGGCUUGUUUAUUUCCCAUGAGUGGUGGUCAACUAAGUUUUGCUCACGAGUAGGUUUCUUGAAAUUGAUGGACCUAACGAGUCAUAUUCAUUCUUCUCAGUUGGUCUAUUCUGAGAAAAACGCAAGUUGAAUACAGUACACUCUCGGGUUAUGUUACUCUCGAGUAACGUAAACUUCGGGUUACAAAAGCAGCAGACUCAAAAUUAUUUUUCCACAGUAUUUCAUUUCAGGUUAUUGCGUCCCAAAGCAUCUUUAGCUGCAGGCAGAGAGAGAGAGAGAGAGAGAGAGAGAGUGUGUGUGUUUGGUUUUGAGUGGGAUGGGACCAGGACUACAGUUCACUUUGCUAGUUUCCUUUAGAUGAGCAGAAAUAAGUUACAGGAAACUCCAUAAAUGACCACCUCCUAAUUUUUCUGCUUAUUCUUUGGUACAUUUUUUCACAUAUAUUUUUUCCAUGCACUGUUAUUUUAGCUGCCAAUAUAUCAAGGGCGAGGAACCUGUAGUCCUGUCUGAAUGGCCACAGGUUCCCAACCUGUAAUAAGAGUAAUAUUACCACCGUAAUAAUAGUUUAUGAUCUAUUUAUUUUUUCUUCUUUGUUUUAUUUGACAAGCUGUCCUAGCAUAUUUAUUCAUCCCUGCUUCUUUUUUAUUUGCAGACCUAAAGAUUUUCGACCGGCGUAGCAGGAAGAGUGUGAAAGAAUGGGAACAGGAGCCUACAUGCUUCGUCUUCUAGAAGAUAAAAGCCAUCCAGCAUUUCACAGUUUAGUUAAUUGCAUAAAGCUUUAAUUGUCUGCUCUAAAGCAAACUUGAUUUUUUUUCAGGUUUAGGGCAGUAUUACUUCAUUUGUUUAUGCUUGGUAAUCCCCUUUUUCUUCCGUGGACGGGGGAACGGGGCUGACAAUAAAAAAUACUUUUCUGAAAUUAA